UCCGGGGCGGGCGGAGCGGCGCUGCGCGGCGAGUCGGCGGCGGUGUUGGUGGUGAUGCUAUAAUCAUGUCGGACAGAGAUGACACAGACGCUCCAGAGACAACUGACGCAGCUCCUCUACUCGAAGAUGGAAACUGUGAGCCAGCUGGGAAGACUGAGGCUGUUGAGCAAAGCGUCCAGCUGGAGAGUAAAUCAGAACCUGUAGCUUCCACUCGGAAAAGACCAGAGCUCAGGCCCUCUGGUGACCUUGGGAUGCCAGAAGCUCACCCUGCCCAGGAGACGGUUUCCAAAGAUGUACCGCAGACCGGAUGGGGUUAUUGGGGCAGCUGGGGCAAGUCCUUGCUGUCCUCCGCCUCAGCCACUGUCGUGACAGUAGGACAAGGUAUUUCAAGUGUCAUUGAGAAAGCAGAGACUUCUCUUGGGAUCCCUAGUCCCAGUGAAAUUACAACUGAAGUCAAGCAUGUGGCCGGAGAAACAAAUGCCAAAGAGAAUGAAAACUCCUCAUCUGUGGCUGGGCCGUUUGGUGUGUUCUCGACCAUCUCCACGGCUGUUCAGAGCACUGGAAAGAGUGUUAUCAGCGGGGGCUUGGAUGCUUUAGAAUUCAUUGGGAAAAAGACAAUGGAUGUAAUAGCAGAAGGGGAUCCUGGAUUUAAAAGAACUAAGGGCUUGAUGCACCGGAACGCUACUCUGUCUCAGGUUUUACGAGAGGCAAAGGAGAAAGAAGAACAGUGGACCUCCAGUGAGGUAACCAUGGAAACAGACAAGAAACCUCAUUAUGGGCUUCUCUUUGAUGAAUUCCAAGGCCUUUCCCACCUGGAAGCUCUGGAGAUGCUCUCCCGAGAAAGUGAGAUCAAGGUGAAAUCUAUCCUUAAUUCUCUGAGUGGACAAGAACUAGAUACGAUAAAAAUUGAAUUAGAGCAGUUGAAAGAAGCAUUUUCCCUCGCAGACUUCUCUGAGGAAGAGGAAGAAGAGAAGCAAGGGGACGAAGAUUUUACCAGGGAGAUAACAGAGCUGUUUUCUCAGCUGCACGUGUCCUCCAGACCAGAGAAACUUGCCAGGGCAAGAAAUACUGCCUGUGAGUGGAUCAGGACCUGUCCGGCCCAGUCAUUAGCAGAGAGAGGAGGAGGAGAACGGCUGGAGGCAGAAGAUACGGAGGAAGUCAGCCGAGUCUCAGUAGAGGAUAUCCAUGCCUUUGCUAUCCGGAGCCUCGCAGAGCUGACUGCCUACUCCAUCGAGCUGUUCCACAAAACAGCCGCCCUGGUUCUGCACGGGCAGACGCAGGGAGUGACGGCCUUAGAGCGGGGCCAGGCUCUUGCCCAGGUAACGGCUGUGCUGUGUACAGAGCUGUCUUCCCUGUCCAGAGCGUUUACUGCCCGCCUGACCGCUGCUGGGGUUAAAGAAAAGGCAGAUGUCCUUAACCCAUUAAUCACUGCAGUAUUUCUAGAGGCAUCGAACAGUGCCUCCUACAUCCAAGAUGCCUUUCAACUGCUCCUGCCUGUGCUGCAGAUCUCUCUCAUUGAGAGCAGGACCGAGUCGCCAGGUGUGAGCCACGCACCCAGCAGCCUUUGCCAGAAGCCUAACGAGCAAGGAUCCACCUGAGGAGGUGAUGGCUGCUUUCCUCGGGGCUGGCCUGCAGAAGCUCACAGGAAGAGUUGCUUGAGUGAAGGGAACUGAGGAGAAGCAGGCUGAAAGGGUCUCUCGUGUCUUCCUGCUGCCAGAGCUCUCAGGUUCUCACGCUGCUCUUCCCAGUUGUGUAACGAGUACUGGAGAGGAAAUGUUUGUAGCCAUCCCAAGAAUAAUCGCUCUUAGAUAAGGGUUAGUGGGACACUUGGCAGACAUGUGGUCUUACUUUCGUAUGUGGUCAAACACUAACUAUUCCCUCGUGGAUAUAAUUUACAGCCUGGGGAUAUGAUUGCUUGUUAAACAGGAGAAAGAACUUAAUUUGGCAUCCUGGAGUUUAUGACAGUCUUGGCUCACUAAUGCCUUGGGCUUGCUGCUUUCUAGAGUAAAGUCUAUGGCUUUAAGAGAACUGAGCAUACGUAAACCUAAGGUGAUUACGUUUGCUCACGUGAGGUUGUGAGACGGUUGGGAAGUGUUGCCUGCUCUUGACUUUCCCAUGGCGUUUGGUAUUGGUUGAGCCUUAGCAAAGUCCCCUCUGCCUUCAAGUGACUUUCCCACCCCGGACGACAAGCUCCUGGUAUGACUGACCUCUCCUCAGCUAGCCUGAAGCCCAGCGCGUGCGCCUGCAGAUCCUGCGCCGCCUGUGCGGGAUGGACCGACAGCAGCAGGCCUCAGAGGUGGCCAGGCGCCAGGGUCAGGAAGCCCCAUGGCAGCGAUGCCUGUGCGGCAGGACUGCUCCUCUGAGAUGCAACACAUUGUUUUCUUCUUGUCUGUCGCUUAAUUUAUGUGUUAGCAUGCUUUUAAAUACAACUUCUCUGUGGGUCUUGAGCGCCUCCCCUUUUUUGCUGUCUUCAGUAACUAAAAGCUAUUUUUGGUAUCUAGUGUUUAAAAAAUUCUUCCAUUUUGUGACUUUUAAUGGUUCAGACAACUUGUUAGUUCUGCCCUCCAUCUUCUAAAAAUUGUACAAUAAAAUUUAAUUGUACCCACUCAUAA